AUGCAUGCUCCAGGUCAAGCAAUUGAGCGACACCCAAUACACCCAGUUCCAACGACAAGGGAUGACCCUCAACCAGUAGAGCAACAAGUCACCGUGGCCGAUGAAGUCCAACCGUCGUUCAAUGAGAAAGCACAUCUGCAGCAGGCGUCCAUCGCGUCUGCCUAUCCGCAUAGUCCUCCUAUCGAGCAGCAUCCUGCGCACUUUGCUCCCUAUGCAGAAGAUCCCAGUCAGCAGCCAGUCGUGUACGAUGCGGUUGUGCCGGCCUAUUCACCUCGUCCCCAGUCCCCAGGACCACUCCCUGUGAAAACGAAUCCUGAAGUCUCAGAACAGCCUCCAAAAAAUGAAACAAUUAUCAUCGCCCCGGAUGCAAACCCACUGCACUCUCCUCAGCUACCACGAUUCCCUCCGCCGAUUGUAACGAAUGCACCCCAUACGCCUCUCCCAUUACCCUAUCAUCAGCCAGGGCAGAUCACCCACCCCAAUCAGGUCGUCAAGGGCGGAGCAUGGAGCCAUGGCCUAUGCGAAUGUUCCAAUAUUGGGACAUGUUGUCUUGGGUCAUUCUGCCCUUGUAUCCUGUACGGAAGAACUCAACAUCGUCUUUCCAGGAAGUCGCGGAAAGAGGACCCGACAAACAUGCUAGGUUAUGAAACAUGUAACGGAUCUUGCGCGGCAAUGGCUCUGCUGUGUGGAUGCCAAUGGCAACAUGUUGCACAUGCUGCAUCCUCAUACAAGAUGAGAAGGAAUUCCAGACUCGGGAAGAGGAGCGCCAAAGAGCUGCGCAAGCAUUGA